AUGUUCAUUCUAUUGCUAAUUUUCGCUGUCAAUGUUGAUGCUGCAAUUGGGACAAAUGAGGAAAUAUUACCAGACCCAUGCGACUGCCGCGAUUGGUACGGUGCUUGCCGAACAAACGGCGAGCAGUGGACUGAUGAAAAUGUUUGGAUGUAUAUUUGCAAUUCUAAAACUGGAAAAGACGGAACAUUCGUUGGCUGUGAGGGAACGAUGGGUGAAAAAACGCACGCAAAGUCUAAUCAAACUGUCGCCGAAUUUUGGCAUGCAUGCGAUCAAGACAAUGUUCGCUUGAGAUACGAAGAAGGUUGCUAUUAUAAGAAUGAGACUCAGCAUGAUGUUUUGCUCAAAAUCGGGGAAACCGGAUAUAACGGGCUGAUUAAGCAUGUUUGUGAUCGUUUCGUAGACUAUCCUGGGAGGGUACAGUACUACGCCGAGGUUAGAGAUGAUGUCCCAGUGAAGCACCCGACAAAUAAAGGAAUUAAUAAAAACUUUCCGGAAGCGAGGAAUACUCAAAUUCAAGGAAAGGUAAACCGUUGGUUACACGAGAAUGCUGCUGAAUUUGUGGCCAAUGGUGACGAGUUCAAGGCCAAGAUUCGUUAUCUACCAGCGUCGCGGACAAGCUGGGGA